CAUGGUUUCAAGUAAGAGACAGUUUUAGAGGUUCACAGACUCAGAGCUGAGUUUAGCACGAAGAAGAACACCCCCCAAUCUGACCAGCGACCGACAGAAAGACUUCUUAUUUUAUUUUGAUUUCUGUGAGAAGGACAAACAUUCAAGAUGCAGUCGUGUGCCAGGUGUGGAUUUGUGGUCUACCCAGCAGAAAAGAUCAACUGCAUUGACCAGAAUUGGCACAAAGCUUGCUUUCACUGCGACAUCUGCAAGAUGGUCCUCACACCCAAUAACUUCAUCAGCCACAAGAAGAGGCCGUACUGCUCCGUGCACAAUCCGAGGAACAACACAUUCACAAGCGUUUAUGAGGCCCCUGUCAACAUCAAGGCAAAGAAGCAGAGCAAAGCAAGCAGUGAGCUGAAGUAUGGUGAAGACGGAGAACACUUUCAGUCCACCUUCCACUGCGACAUGGGAUCCAUGGAGAAGUCUGGUCUAACUAGCCAGGUGAUCAGCCAGCAGGSCUUUCAGUCUCAGUCAGAGUUCUCCCAGCAGCAGGCCUGGUACAUGGGGACRGUGACCAACCAGGAAGUGGUGACAAUGUCUCAGGCACACAAGACAAUCAGUGAUAUGAAAUACUCAGAAUAUGAGGAGUCUAAAGGAAAAGGCAGCUUCCCUGCCAUGAUAACACCAGGCUACCAGGCGGCAAAGAACGCCAACACUUUGGCCAGUAGUCUGGAAUAUAAAAAAGGACACGAAGAAAGAGUUUCAAAAUACACAACAUUUGCUGAUCCGCCGGAGAUGCUUCUGGCCAAGAAACAAGGACAAAUUGCCAGCGAUUAUGCAUACACAGAGGAAUAUGAGCAGCAGAGGGGGAAAGGUAGUUUCCCAGCACAUCUCACUCCUGGAUACAAGAUGUCAAAAAAGGCCUUAGAGCAGGCCAGUGAUAUUAAGUACCGUCAGACGUACGAGCAGGAGAUAAAGGGAAAAGCCAGCGCUGAGGCAGCAGCAGCUGAGGUGGUCCACGCCAGAGAAAACGCAGAGAACUUCAGCCAGAUCGCCUACACUGAAGCAUACGAGCAGCAGAGAGGUAAAGGAAGCUUUCCUGCAAUGAUCACUCCUGGCUAUCAUCUCGCAAAGAAAGCUCAGGAAAAYGCCAGUGAUCUGAAAUACAGGAAGGACCUAAACAAGAUGAAGGGCACGACACACUUCCACAGCCUGAGCACUGAAGACAACCUGAGCCUGAAGAAYGCCCAGAAAAUCAACAAGAUUGUCAGUGAGGUGGAGUACAAGAAAGACUUGGAGAACACUAAAGGACACAGCAUUAACUUCUGUGAGACGCCACAGUUUCGAAAUGCUGCAAAGGUCGCAAAGUUCACCAGUGAUAACAAGUAUAAAGAAAAAUAUACAAGUGACAUGAAGGGGCACUAUGAAGACUCGGGUUUUGACAAGAAGACUCUGCAUGCCAUGAAAGCAAGGAAGCUGGCGAGUGAUAUUUCUUACAAACAGGGACAGGAGCAGGAGCAGGGUGAAUACAACUACCCAGCCACUCUCACACCGGGGUACCAAAGCCAGAAGAAGCUCGACCCACUGAAAGACAAAAAUUACAAGCAACAUAUUGAGCGGGUCAAAUACAAAUCUGUGACUGACACACCUGAGAUCAUUUUAGCCAAGAAAAACGCUCAGCUGGUCAGCAAUUUAAAUUAUAAAGCAGGCUAUGAAAAGACGAAGCACCAGUACACUUUAUCCCAGGAUCUGCCAGAGAUCCAAAAAGCCAAAGAGAACGCAGCUCUGUGCAGUGAUAUCAAAUAUAAAGAAGAGUGGGAGAAGACAAAGUCUAAAGCCUGUGACAUCGGCGUGGACGACCUGAGCGUGCGAGCUGCCAAAGCCUCCAGAGAACUGGCCAGUGAUAUUAAAUACAAAGAGUCCUACUUGAAAAACAAAGAGAAGGCAGUUGGGGUUAACGUGAGYGACUCCAAGACUCUACACUCUCUUCAAGUGGCCAAGAUGAGCAGCGAUAUUGAAUACAAAAAGGGCUCGAAGGAGAGCCAGGCUCAGUACAGCCUUCCUCUGGACAUGAUCAACCUGAGCCACGCCAAGAAGGCUCAAGCCCUCGCCAGUGACCUGGAAUAUCGCACGAAACUCCACGACUACACCGUCAUGCCGGAUGACAUCAAGGUGCAGCAGGCCAAGAAGGCCUACUCUCUCCAGAGUGAGAACAAGUACCGUUCAGACCUGAACUGGAUGAAAGGGGUGGGCUGGGAGACGGAGGGAUGUCUCAACAUUACUCAGGCCAAGAAAGCUGGAGAGCUGCUCAGUGAUAACAAAUACCGUCAGAAGGCUGACAAAAUCAAGUUCACGCAGGUGGCCGACGAUCUGUCCAUCAAACACGCCAAGAAGAGUCAGGAGCUGCAGAGCGAUUUGGCAUACAAAGCAAACACCGAGCAGAUAAUCCACCAGUACACCAUGACAAAGGACGAGCCCCUUUUCAGACAAGCUAAAGCCAACGCUGACCUACUCAGUGCGAAAACGUAUAAAAGCCAAUGGGAGACACAGAGGGAAAAGGGCUUUGAGCUUCGUUUGGACUCUCUGUCCAUACUGACAGCGAAAGCCAAGAGAGACCUGGCCAGUGAUUGUUUCUCUGGACAUGCUGAAUAUCAGCCAUGCCAAGAAGGCUCAAGACCUCGCCACCGAUAUCAAGUACAGGACCUUCCUCCAUGAAUACACCACUCUGCCGACUGACCUCAAUGUGGCCUGGGCUAAGAAGGCCUAUGGCUUACAGAGUGACAAACAGUACCGGUCGGACCUGAACUGGAUGAAGGGGGUCGGCUGGGAGGCCUCACAAUCUCUGGACGUCCAGCAGGCCAAGAAAGCUGCAGAUCUGGCCAGCGAAAAAAAGUACCGUCAGGAGGUGAGCUCUCUGAGGUUUACCAGCAUCGACGACACGCCAGAGAUGAUUCAGGCCAAACUCAGCAACAAACUGGCCAUCGAUAGGCUGUACAGAGAGAAAGGAGAAAACAUAAAGCAUAACUACACAAUAAACAAAGAGCUGCCUGAGCUGGUGCAAGCCAAGAUCAACGCCCAGAACAUCAGUGAGAGUCGUUACAAGGAAUCGUGGACGAAGUUACGUGACGGAGGUUACAAGCUGCGCCUGGAUGCUAUUCCAUUCCAGUCCGCCAAAGCGUCUGCAGAGAUCCUCAGUGAUCACAAAUACAAGGAAGUGUUCGAGAAGACCAAAGGGAAGAUGAUCGGACUCAAGGCCCUGCAGGAUGACUUGAACAUUGCUCACUCAGUUUAUGCCAACAAGUUACAGAGUGAUAUCAACUACAAGCAGAAGUCCGCUAAGGAGCUCUCCAAGUUCCACCUGUCCAUGGACAUGAUGGAUGUUGUUCAUGCUAAGAAGGCCCAGUCACUGGUCAGUGAYCACGACUACAGGCUGUCCCUGCAUCACUACACCUCGCUGCCUGAUGACAUGAAGCUGCAGGCUGCCAAAAAGGCRUACGCCCUGCAGAGUGAGAAAGUGUACCGCUCUGACCUGAAUUACCUGCGGGGUGCCGCCUGGAUCGCCACCGGAGCUCUGCAGAUUGAAGGAUCCAAGAGGGCCACGGACCUCAUCAGUGAGAAAAAGUACAGACAGCAGCCGUACCAGUUCAGACACACAGCUGUUGCUGACUCYCCCGACAUCGUCCACGCGAAACUCAGUGGUCAGAUCACAAAUGAACGUUUGUACAAAGAAAAAGGAAUAAACGAUCAGCACAGCUACACAAUUACAAGUGAGAGACCAGAGAUUACACAGGCCAAGAUCAAUGCUGCCAACUUCAGCGAGAUAAAGUACAGAGAGUCCUGGCACACCCUGAGAGCUCAGGGCUACAAACUCACCAUGCAGGACAUCCCCUUCCAGGCCGCCAAGACCUCCACAGGCAUUGCCAGUGAUUACAAUUACAGACACAACCACCUGCUGGACAAAGGGAAACACAUUGGAGUUAAAAGCGUCACAGACGACCCRUACCUCCUGCACUGCCUGCAGGCUGGCAGACUGGCCAGCGACCAGGAGUACCGCAGGGAUGCUCUGUCGGCCAGCGGGCAGUACCAUCUCACACCGGACAUGGUCCAUCUGGUGGCGGCUAAGAACGCCCAGGCCCUGGCCAGCGAUCAGGACUACAGGAAGAGGCUGCAUGAAUACACGGUGCUGCCUGAUGACAUGAAGGUCAAGUGGGCCAAAAAGGCUUACAACCUGCAGAGUGAGAAACUCUACAAGUCAGACCUCAGUUUUAUGAAGGGAGUGGCCUGGGAUGGAGUUGGCGCGCCUCAGCUGGAGUCUGCUAAGAAGGCUGGAGAGUUAAUAAGUGAUAAGAAGUACCGUCAGCUGCCGGACAGACUCAAGUUUACCUCCGUGACUGACUCUCCUGAUAUUGUCCACGCCAAGACGAGCUAUCAGCAGUGCAGUGAGAGGCUGUACAAAUCUGGAAAGAAUGACGACAUGCAUAAAUACACCUUACACCCAGAUGACCCGGACUUUGUAAGAGCCAAGCUCAACGCCCAGCAGAUUAGUGAUAAAGUUUACAAGGCGUCCGGGGAGCAGGUGAAGACUUCAGGCUAUGACCUGAGACUGGAUGCUAUUCCCUUCCAAACUGCCAAGGCCUCCAGAGAAAUUGCCAGUGAUUUUCGCUACAAGGAGUCUCAUCUGAAGGACAAGGGCCACCAGGUAGGCCUGCGCUGUGUGGAGGAUGACCCAAAGAUGGUGCACUCCCUGGCAGCCAGCAAACUCCAGAGCAACCUGGAGUACACGCGUCAGUCUAAGGAGGAGCGAGCUCACUACAAAAUCAGCGCGGACCAGCCCGAGUUCCUGCACGCCAAGAAGAGCCAGGCUCAGGCCAGCGACCUCGCCUACAGGCACAAGCUCCACGACUACACCUGUGACCCUGAGCAGCUCAACGUCAAGCAUGCGAAGCAGGCCUACAAGCUGCAGAGUGAUGUGAACUACAAGUCGGACCUGAACUGGAUCAAAGGGGUAGGAUGGACCCCUCCCGGCUCCCACAAGGCCGAGCUGGCUCGACGAGCUGCAGAGCUGGGCUUCGCUGAGGGAGCUACCACUGAGGAGGCGAUUGCCAAGUAUCAGCACAUGAUGAUGCUGCAUCACCAGCAGCAGAUGGAGCAGCAGCAGCAGCAGCAGACUUCAGAGCAGGUGGAGACCAGCGAGGAGGUUCAACAAGGCGUCAACAUGGACGCCAUGGAGGUCCUUCACGUCAAGAGGAAGAAGACCACCCAGACGGUCCAGAAAAAAUCCUCCACCRUCACGACUUCGUUCAGAUCCAUGGAGAAGAAAUCCAGCUCCUCCUCAUCGUCCUCCACAGCAGCUAUCCAGAACACAGUGAAAACAAAUCUGUCCAGUAAAGCUGCGAUAGAGAACGCAUAAAGCAAAGGUUUUUUUUGUAAGAUUAGUGCUCAAAGGCUGCACUUGGAAAAAAGCAUGUUUUUUUUUUGAUAAAAUGAUUAUUGUGAGAUAUGUGGGAUUUUGCAAUAUUGAACUGCUGUAGCUGCUAUGAAGGAGAUUAAGCARGUUGAACAUGGAUAGGACUUGUGAGGUAAAAGAAUAGAUAACGUACGUGCAACAAAAAGGGAUUUUUUGGUAAUUCUCUCAAAACUGUUGAUCAUUUUAAAGUUUAUUUUUAAAAAAGGACCAUUGUCAAAUCCAAAGGCAAAGAAAACAAUUGAGGUCGUUGGACAAAAGAACGCCAAAACAGAAGGAAAUGCUGAUAUGAACGUUUUCAUUAGAUUUUGUUUUGGGUACUGUCAGGGAAGAGGGACAGCUGGACCAGGGUUUGUUAUGUGGCCAGCAGUUCAGAAUGUUUUAAACUGUUUUAUCUUUUAUAAAACGCAGGUGAACGAUGCACAAAAAWGUCCCUGCAGCCAUGUAACCUGAGAAACUGGAGCUAGGCUCUACUUGGAACAGGCCUACUGAAAUCAUGAACAUACUUUAGUCUGACGGGUUCAGCUUUGUGAGUUUGUAAUGAUGCCACUUUAACUCAAAGCUGGGCUGGGAGUAAAACACUUAUGUAUUAUUACUGUUUCAAUAAAGCUUUGUCAGUCAAAUCCA